UUUUCCGCGUCACCACCCCCCUCUGGCUCCGCUGCCGCUGCUUUCCCAAUCGAGCCGAGCACCGCAAUUGCAGGGCAGCGGAAACCGAUUAAAAAAGGCAACCCUCCUCCACAAAAGUAAAAAAAACAACAAACAACCACCGCAUCGCAUCGCAGCACCCAGCGAGCGAGCGGAAGGAAGGAAGGAGGGGAGGGGGGGGGAGCAAAAGUUCGAUAAAAAGGAGAGGAGGAGACGAAGCGUCCAAGCCCAAGUAACAUCCCAACCUCCCUCUCCUCUUCCCCGCACCCGCAUCGAGAUCUUGCCACCGCCGGAGAUCGAGAGGAGGAGCGGCGACGCGGCCCCGCCCCGAUCCCUCCGCCGCCGCCGCCGCAGACGACGACGACGACCGAUCGGGGUAGGAGGGGAGGGGAGGACGCGAUGGAGGCGGACUCCGGGAAGCUCUUCGUCGGCGGCAUCUCCUGGGAGACGGACGAGGAACGCCUCCGCGAGUACUUUGGCCGCUUCGGGGAGGUCACGGAGGCCGUCAUCAUGCGGGACCGCAACACUGGUCGCGCCCGUGGGUUUGGGUUCAUAGUCUUCGCUGAGCCAGGCGUUGCUGAGCGAGUCACCAUGGACAAGCACAUGAUCGACGGCCGCAUGGUCGAAGCAAAGAAAGCUGUUCCCAGAGAUGACCAGAGCAUCGCAAGCAAGAACAAUGGCAGCAGCAUAGGCUCGCCUGGACCAGUGCGCACCAGAAAGAUCUUUGUUGGAGGCCUGGCUUCCAAUGUUACUGAAGUUGAAUUCAGAAGGUAUUUUGAGCAAUUUGGUAUGAUAACAGAUGUGGUUGUCAUGUACGACCACAACACGCAGAGGCCUAGGGGCUUUGGCUUCAUCACUUAUGAUUCAGAAGAUGCAGUGGAUAAGGCUCUGCACAAGAACUUCCAUGAGCUUAAUGGUAAGAUGGUUGAAGUCAAGAGGGCUGUCCCAAAGGAGCAAUCACCUGGACCUGUUGCACGGUCACCUGCUGGAGGCCAGAACUAUGCUAUUAGUAGGGUUCAUAACUUCUUGAAUGGCUUCAACCAGGGCUAUAAUCCAAACCCGAUAGGAGGUUAUGGAAUGAGGGUGGAUGGAAGGUUUGGUCUUCUCUCGGGCGCCCGAAAUGGGUUCUCGUCAUUUGGCCCUGGUUAUGGAAUGGGCAUGAAUGUUGAAGCUGGGAUGAACUCAAAUUUUGGCGUGAACUCUAAUUUCCUCAAUAACUCAAAUGGGCGGCAAAUUGGUUCAUACUACAAUGGUGGUUCAAACAGAUUAGGCAGUCCUAUUGGUUAUGUUGGGCUUAAUGAUGAUUCAGGAUCAAUAUUAAGUUCAAUGGGAAGGAAUGUUUGGGGUAAUGGAAAUGUGAACUACCAGAACAGCCCUACAAACAUGAACUCUUUUAUACCAUCUGGAAGUGGGAGUCAAGUUGGUAUUACUGGAGAUAGCAUAAACUGGGGAGGUCCUACGUCUGCCCAUGGUAUGGGCAGCAUUUCAGGCCUCACAUCUGGUAACCUUGGCCGUGGAACUGGAGAUAACUUUGGUUUGCCCUCUGGCAGCUAUGGGAGGAGCAACCCAACUGGCACCAUUGGUGAACCUUUUUCUGCAUCUGCCAAUGCAUAUGAGAUGAACAGCAUAGAUACAUAUGGCAACAACUCUAUUUAUGGUGACUCAACCUGGAGGUUCACAUCAUCUGAGAUCGACAUUCCUCCUUUUGAUAAUGAUCUUGGAAAUAUUGAUCCAGAUAUUAAAUCAAACAUGCCAGGAAGUUACAUGGGCAACUAUACUGUUAAUAAUAAUCAGACAAGCAGAGGUAUCACUUCCUAGGGGAGAAUAUUUUAUAGUCAUAUAUGACUUGUGAUAGGCGAGACACCCAUUAUAUCAGGUAUUCAGAUGCAGUACUGUGAAUUGGUGAUAUCAGAUUAAUAUACAGGUUAGUUAAUUGUUUCUAGCUAACCAGAGGUGUGGUUUAUGGACACCAACAUGCUAGAGGAGCGGAUACAAACAUUUUGUGAAGGUUUCAGAUUUUAGUUUAAUUUCUACGUGUAUUAGGUCUUUUGGUUUUCCGAUGAGAUGUGCAGUGGUGAUUGCGGCACACACUUAGAAGUGUUCCAACAUAAGCUGGAAUUCUGUCAUACGGACAAACUUGUAUACCAAGGGAUGCUGUAUUAUCUUGCCCAUUUAUGGCAACAUUAGCUCGCGUGUUUUCUUCUCUUUUUAACCAUUUCAUUUGUUACUAGAUAUUGGGUUGACUUUACUAGUAAACUAUUUGGGGGUGCCCAUGUCAUCUUGGCCCCCAUUAAUAAAGUCACCAAAAGUAUAUAACUA